AUGUAGAUUUUGCAUAAAAAAAAAGUAUAACUAUAUAUUUAUUUCUAGGGAGGAAUGGGUGAAAUUGCUGAUUUAGGAGGACUAUGUUAUCCUAAUUUUAAUAAAGAAUACUAAGAUAAAAUUAAAGAAAAUUAAACUAUUUUUAGAAAAUAAAAAGGUGAAUAUCCUGCUGUAACUGAACCUAAAUACACCUAUGGUCCUUUUAUGAAACCUUUUAAAAAAUACAAAUUCUGA